AAAGCAUCUGCAAUCAUGCAUCCAGUCUGUUUGCCGCUGUCGUGUGAAAAAGUGUCCGUCUGUGCGGGAGUGUGCCUUGUGCUCCACAUCCCUCUGUUAGCUUUGCUCAAACUGAUUCUGAGGAAAAAUAACAGCGGGGUGUGGAGCACAAGGCAUACUUCCUCACAGACGAACACUUUUGCACACGACACCGCCCCCACUACUGCCGCCUCCACUGCUACCACCGCACUCGUCAUCUCUGCCGCCGCCAUUGAGCUGCAACCACCCGAGCCACAAGCUGGAAACAUGGCAGAGCUUUCAGAGUUCACAUAUGACCCCAAGACCUUCUCCGUCACGCCCGCAAUGAAGGAGGCUUUCAAGACCAACGGCUACGUAAUUAUCAGGCAAGUGUUGAAUCCAGAGGAGAUGCGCAAGGUGAAUCAGAUGCUGGAGUCGCCGGAGGUGCAGCGCCACGCCUAUACCACGGCGGACGAACAGAUGAGGCAGACGCGCAUGGUGUUGUGGUUCAAGGUGGGCGAGGACGUGGCCGGCUGUGUGGCGAGCAUGAACAAGAUCGCUGGUACGAUUGAACAGCUGAUGGACGGCGAUGAGGUGUAUCACUUCAGCACCAAGAUCCUGAUGAAGGAAGCCAACCAAAGCGGCUCUUUCCUGUGGCACCAAGACUACGGGUACUUCUACAACUGGGGCUACAUGUAUCCUGACUGCGCCUCCAUCUUUCUCGCCGUGGACGACUGCACCAAGGCCAACGGCUGCCUGGAGGUGCUGCGCGGCUCCCACCGAAUGGGCCGCAUCCACCACGAGCCGGCCGGAAAGCAGCUGCAAGCGGAUCUUGAGAGGGUGGAGGAGGCGAAGAAGCUACAUGAACACCUGUACAUGGAAAUGAAGGCAGGUGACAUCCUCUACUUCACGGGGAACCUGCUGCACCGCUCCCUGCCCAACACCACCAACAAGAGGCGCUGGUCCUACGUCAUCGCCUACAACCAGAAGCACAACAGAACCUAUAUGGGGCCUGAACACCCCCGCUACACGCCCCACGCUGGCUUCGUUCCGCUGAAGAAAGUGAGUGACUCGGCGCUGCUGGAGUGCCAAAAGUUCUCCAUGGACGACCAGUGGUUUCUGAAGGAGGACGAAGAUAAGGCUCGGGAAUAAAGAAGUACAUGGAUAGAAAAAUUAACACGCAAACACACCUAAUGUACCUAACAAACUUAUCAUGUCGUUAAGAUUAUCAAAUUUAUGACAGAAGAAGAAAAUUAAAGAUUUUUAGAUGACAAUUUUCCUAAGAUUUAAUAAGGAAAUGAAUAAAUAAACAAAGGAAGACUUACGUUAAUGCCUGGCAAAGAUCAGGAAUAUUUGAUUUACUAAGGAAGUAAAAAUUUAGAACAUCCA